GUGCCCAGCUCUGCCCGUGUCCGUGCCCCCGCGGGGAGCGCGCCGGGGCUGCCCCCCGAAUGACGGGCGGAAGGUUCGACUUCGACGAUGGCGGCACCUACUGCGGCGGCUGGGAGGAGGGCAAGGCGCACGGGCAUGGCAUCUGCACGGGGCCCAAGGGCCAGGGCGAGUACUCCGGCUCCUGGUCGCACGGCUUCGAGGUGGUCGGCGGCUACACCUGGCCCAGCGGCAACACCUACCAAGGCUACUGGGCGCAGGGCAAGCGCCACGGGCUGGGGGUGGAGACGAAGGGCAAGUGGAUGUACCGGGGGGAGUGGUCACAUGGUUUCAAGGGGCGCUAUGGGGUCCGGCAGAGCCUGUGCACCCCCGCUCGCUACGAGGGUACCUGGAGUAACGGGCUGCAGGACGGGUACGGCGUGGAGACCUACGGGGACGGAGGUACCUACCAGGGCCAGUGGGCCGGUGGCAUGCGGCACGGCUACGGUGUGCGCCAGAGCGUGCCCUACGGCAUGGCCACGGUGAUCCGCUCCCCAUUGCGCACCUCACUGGCCUCGCUGCGCAGCGAGCAGAGCAAUGGCAGCGUGCUCCACGACGCCGCGGCCGCCGCUGACAGCCCGGCAGGCACCCGCGGUGGCUUUGUGCUCAACUUCCACGCAGACUCCGAGCUCUCGGCUGGGAAGAAGAAGGGCGGUCUGUUCCGAAGAGGCUCACUUCUCGGGAGCAUGAAACUCCGCAAGUCGGAGUCCAAGUCUUCGAUCUCCAGUAAGCGCAGCUCGGUCCGCAGCGACGCAGCCAUGAGCAGAAUCAGUUCCAGCGAUGCCAACUCCACGAUUAGUUUCGGCGACGUAGAUUGUGAUUUUUGCCCCGUGGAAGACCACGUUGACGCCACCACCACGGAAACCUACAUGGGCGAGUGGAAGAACGACAAGCGCAAUGGUUUCGGCAUCAGCGAGCGCUCCAACGGCAUGAAGUAUGAAGGCGAAUGGGCAAAUAACAAGAGGCACGGAUAUGGCUGUACCGUGUUUCCUGAUGGCUCCAAAGAAGAGGGAAAAUACAAAAAUAAUAUUCUGGUCCGUGGAAUAAGGAAGCAGCUCAUACCAAUAAGAAACACAAAAACUAGGGAGAAAGUGGACAGAGCAAUUGAAGGUGCUCAAAGAGCAGCCGCCAUGGCAAGAACCAAAGUUGAAAUAGCAAAUUCAAGGACGGCUCAUGCAAGGGUUAAAGCAGACGCCGCGGACCAGGCUGCGCUGGCCGCCCGCCAGGAGAGUGAUAUCGCGAGAGCUGUGGCCAGGGAGCUGUCGCCUGAUUUCUACCAACCAGGCCCUGAUUACAUCAAACAGAGAACUCAGGAAGGUGUAGAUACUAAAGAAAAACCAGAAGAAAAGGUACCAGAAAAGCCACCUUCACCAAAGGAAUCUCCUCAUUUUUAUCGCAAAGGCACGACACCCCCAGUGUCUCCUGAGCCAAGUCCCAAACAAGGUUACUCUCCCCAGCCUCCCUCCCCAAAGCCCAUGAAGAAGCAAAACCCCAGCUCAGGGGCAAGACUCAGUCAAGACAAAAAGAGUGUGGCUGACGAGCAGGUGACGGCCAUUGUCAAUAAGCCCUUGAUGUCAAAGGCGCCCACAAAGGAGACAGGAGCAGUUGCGUCCCAGUCCAAGUACUCUGGCCGCCACCACAUCCCCAUCCCCAGCAAUGGGGAGCUGCAUUCUCAGUAUCACGGCUACUACGUGAAACUGAACGCACCCCAGCACCCUCCAGAAGAUGUGGAGGAAGGUGAGGAAUUGAGCCAGUCCUCAGCACUGGUGCACAGGCCACCACCAAACAAGUGGAGUCCCUCUAAAUCUGUGACAAAACCAGUUGCCAAAGAAAGCAAAGCUGAGCCAAAAGCUAAGAAGUCUGAACUUGCAAUACCAAAGAACCCAGCAAGCAAUGAUUCAUGCCCUUCUUUGGAAAAAGAAGCCAAUUCAGGCCCUAAUUCAGUCAUGAUUGUCCUGGUCAUGCUGUUGAAUAUCGGGUUAGCCAUUCUUUUUGUUCACUUUCUAACCUGACUGGAAUUAGGAAAGGUAAGAAAAGAGCCUUAAUUCCUCUAUAAAAUCCUAAUAUAUAUAACAUUUUCUUAUAUUCAAAUUUAUAAUUUUUUUUUUUACAACUACCUAGUGUCCUUCACUUUAAUUUUGGCUGUGCCUGAAUGUGAUCCAGCAUAGUUACUUAGUGAUAUAACUGUUUUGACCCUUCAGUGAAGUCAUGACGACUAGUGGUGUUAGCCCACAAUUCUCUACAGUGGUGUCAUCUGCCUUUUAAGUGGCACACCUCAGUCAGACUCAGACACGGGGAAGGAGGCUUGGAAUUAGGAUGGGAUCGCGAGAGAGAUGAAACUUGGAAAAUUCAGCCAGAGGACCUGUUCAGUUCCCCCUGGAGUGCUUUGUGGCUUUGGGGUCCUCUGAGGGCUGAAGGAAGCAGCCAUGUUGGAGAGCAAAACUUAAUAAUAAUUCUUUUUUAAAAUCUACUGAAGCAGCCCCAUCCGGCGAAGUUCUUGGCAUUGGCUACUCCAUCUGUCCCAGCAGAGUGUGACUAAACUGGAAAUGUAUGGAGCUGCAUUUUUUCUUUUUUCUUUUCUUUUUUUUUUGAUGGAAGUCAACAGCUGCCUUACUAUUUUACCGUCUGACGUUUUUAGUAGGGAGCUGGGAAACGACUGCCUGAGGAACGCGGUCGCGGGAUUGUGUUGCUGUGGAAGUGGUUCCAACGUUCACUCCUAUCUCAGUAGAAGAAAUAGGUAGCAGCAUCACUCACCAGUCUUAUGCCAUGACCUGCUGCUUUAACAUCUCCUAGAAUGUUCUGGGAGACAACGUUUCCUUUGCUUGUGCACGACUAUGUUCAUUUUUGCCGUUUAUUUAAAUAUGGUGUAGAGUCACAGACAACAUGUGGUCCUGGCCAGAAAAAGCACACUUGUUGCCUCUCAAGGAAAAGAAACAACAAACUGCUAGUGAAAAUGUGUUUCUUUUGAUACAGAUACAUCAUUUUCCUUGUCACGUAUUUGUCCUAAAUCUGUAAAAGGCUAUUAAUCUUUAAAGUUUAGCAAUUCAAAGGCAUUAUAUCUUCCUAAGGAAUCAUUUAAUUUGAAAUAUCUUUAACUCGUCCGAGGUGAGUGAGUUCAACACUUAGGUAGUGCUAAAUUUCAAAAGUGGGAAGGUGACUGAAUUCUAAGAAAUACAGUCGGAAUUGUACGUGGAUUGCUGUAAUCGGUGUUUAAAAGAUUCGGUUUCAUUGCUGACGUACUUUACGACGAAAUAAAACCUUGUCAGUGGCUGUGUUAAUUCCCGUGGAAGUUAAGCAAGAUGCUAUUAAUAGCUGCUUCUCUUUCUCCCUCCCACCCCCCGCGCUUCAGUUUUUGUUGCAUACGGGCAGGUAGUACGUAAAGCCUCGUUAAGUCACUGCUUCUCAUUAUUUGCCUUCCGUGUUUUUCAAAGUCCAUUUGUAAUUUUAGAGGCUUAGAAUUUUUAUUUUAAAUAUUUGUCUUUUGAAGUCCUCUGUUAUUCUGACAUAAUCUGAUUUUUGCUGUUUUAUAAUUUAUUCCUUAUUACUCAGCAUGCUUACUUAGAGAAACUAUAUGGUCAUGAUAAAAAUAAAUAUUUAAAAAGAAAUCAGAGGAGGAAAGGUGUCUUAUUAAGUUUCUUUAAAACACUACAUUGCGGAGCGGGAGCUAUUCCUAACUACUUUUGAGAUUUGCAUGGCUUAAUCAGAGAUUCUUUCUACCUUAUUAGCUACCUUUUCAAUGCAGAAGAGACAGCUCCUAGGUUAGCACACGCAUGGACUGAAUGCUUCACCACCUGCUAGGUAGUAACCUGGUGGUGUUUUUUGCAGAAGUACAAUAUGUUGAGAAUCCUGGGUGUGACCAAUAUGGAAUAAAGAAGAAAGCAGAGAGAGAGCAAACGAAAUUUACAACUUGUAUAUUUAUUUAUUUUUUAUGUUUUGUUUGACUUUUAAAUUUAGGAAGUACGUUUUUACCCAAGAACAAACAUUGAAGUUCCUAUCGGUCUCAAUACUCUCACUGCUCCUUCCUGACCCCAUAGCCCCUUAUGCUGGGAAAGAUGAUUUUUUUAAAAAAAAAUAAAAUAUUUACUCUUAUUAAGUGUUUAUUUAAAAUACGUAUUGCUUUGGAAAUAAUGGGUAACAGAUAACUAAAGGAUAUGUUUAUAAGGUGAGCAUGUUGUUUCCAUUUAUAAAUAUAUGUAUGAUUUAUAAGCUUUUUUAAAAUAAAGCUCAAAUUGUUGGUAUUUUUCUAAAAUGUGCACAGCUGUAUUUUACAUGAAAGGCUCUUUCUAAUGGGUUGUUAUACUGUACACUACAUUUUGGAUAGCACAUGAAGUCUGCCAAUGUACUUAAUAAAACAGGACUUUGUUUAUUUAAAGUUUCUUGCUGUGAAAAAGAACUCCCUACCUGUGAGUUCCUUUAUUUAUAAUCCUUGAAACCAAAAUGUAUAAUGUACAGUUUUCACAAAUGUAUAUGCUCUAAUAAAAAAAGAAGUUGGUUAUUAAUAAAGUUGUAGGUGUGUUUCCUUUGGAAGUAAAUUACU